AUGGACAAGGAUCAAUUUUACGAUCAGACAGUUUAUUUCCACAUUGUUUGUCACGACCUGAAAAACAAUAAGAAUUCCAUCACCAAGAUGGACACAUUCUGUGUCCUCUCCAUGGACAACAAUAAUGGAGAUGGUUCGAAGGAGAUGGACAGAACAGAAAUUCAAAAGGCCAAUCACAAUCCAACCUACUUGAAACCACUCUCCAUUGUCAGAUCAUCCUAUGUCCAAUCGUCAGUCUCCUCCCUUACUCCUCUCACCUUUUCAAUCUAUCACUCCUAUUUUGCCAAUUAUAAGGAUCAUGAAGAUUUCUUGGGUAGGGUUUGUGUGAAUAUUUCCACACUUGCUCAUGCAACGAAUGGAGUGAUUAAUUUGACAUUGGUGGAUAAGCAGGAUGUGGACGUUGGUUCCACAAUUACUAUUCGGUUUGAGGAUAAAAUUGCUUCGGAUUACAAAUUUGAUUUACAAUUUGCUGGAAGUGAUUUGGCAAAAAAGGAUUUAUUUGGAAAAUCAGAUCCAUUCUUUACAAUUUCAAGAGAAAUUAAUGGAAGAAUUAUUGAUAUUUACAAAUCAGAAAUUAUUAAAAAGAAUUUGGAUCCAAUUUGGAGCUCUUUCAGAAUGACUUUUAAGAGUUUUUGUAAUGGUAAUGACAAUGAACAAUUGAAAAUGUCAGUUUAUGAUUGGGAUAGUGCCACUGAUAGUGAUUUUAUUGGAGAUUGUGUAUUUACUUUCAAGGAGUUGAAAGAAAUUGGAUCAGGACACUUUACUCUCAAAGACGGAAAGAAAUCGACUGGUAAAAUUUAUGUAAGAAAUUUGGAUUUGAGAUACAUGCCAAGUUCUAUAUAA